GUUAGUCAUAGACAAUUUAACACUGCCCAUUUCCCAAAUCUCCACCAUGGCUCUCAACCGCCUCUUCUCUCGAUGUCGGAGAUCUCCCGCUCUCCAAUCCCGCCGCCGUUUCUCUUCUGCCGCCGUGGCAACCACUUCCCCUUCUCCCGCCCCAUCCCCACCACCAUCCUCCGGUCCCAAUGCCAUGAUCUACGAUAAUCUCGCUGAAUCCGUCAAAUCCAAGCUCAAACGCCUUGAAAACCCUAACCCUAAAUACCUAACUCACAACUCUCCUCAUCCUACCAUUGCAGAUCACACCUCUAUCCUCUCUUCUCCAGCUACCAAAAUCACUACCCUACCUAACGGUCUUCGGGUUGCCACCGAAUCACAGUUGGCUUCUCGUACUGCUACUGUUGGGGUUUGGAUUGAUGCUGGGUCUCGAUUUGAAAGUGACGAGACUAAUGGUACUGCUCAUUUCUUGGAGCAUAUGAUAUUUAAGGGUACUGAAAGAAGAUCUGCUAGACAACUUGAGGAAGAGAUUGAGAAUAUGGGUGGUCAUUUGAAUGCUUAUACUUCUAGAGAACAGACUACUUAUUUUGCUAAGGUUAUGGAUUCUGAUGUUCCUAAGGCGUUGGAUGUUUUGUCUGAUAUCUUGCAGAAUUCUACCUUUGAGGAGGCUAGAAUUAAUCGUGAACGUGAUGUUAUAUUGCGUGAAAUGGAAGAGGUUGAAGGUCAGACCGAAGAAGUGAUCUUUGAUCAUCUACAUGCUACGGCUUUCCAGUAUACACCUUUGGGUAGGACCAUUCUUGGAUCAGCUGAAAAUGUUAGAACAAUCACAAAAUCUCAUCUUCAGAAUUAUAUAGCCACACACUACACAGCUCCAAGAAUGGUCAUUGCUGCUUCUGGGGCUGUUAAACAUGAGGAUGUUGUUGAACAAGUUAAAAAAUAUUUUACCAAGCUGUCAACUGAUCCUACCACUGCUGGUCAAUUAGUGGCAAAGGAGCCGGCCACCUUCACUGGUUCUGAGGUCAGAAUGAUUGACGAUGAUAUUCCACUGGCUCAAUUUGCUGUUGCCUUCAAUGGAGCAUCAUACACAGAUCCAGAUUCAAUUGCUUUGAUGGUUAUCCAGUCAAUGUUGGGUUCUUGGAACAAAAAUGCUGGUGGUGGGAAGCACAUGGGAUCUGAGCUUGCACAAAGGGUUGGGAUUAAUGAAAUUGCUGAAAGCAUGAUGGCAUUUAACACUAACUACAAGGAUACCGGUUUAUUUGGUGUUUAUGCUGUUGCUAAGCCUGAUGGUUUGGAUGAUUUGGCAUGGGCAAUUAUGCAUGAAGUUAGCAAGUUGUGUUAUCGUGUUUCGGAAGCUGAUGUAACUCGUGCCUGUAAUCAGUUGAAGUCAUCACUGCUGCUACACAUUGAUGGAACAAGCCCAAUUGCUGAGGAUAUUGGCCGCCAGAAAAUUUCUUGACUCUCCUGUACAUUUUGGAGACAUGCUGCUGGAACUUGGUCUUGCUGAUGUGGCCUCACUAUUCUAGAAUAAGGAGAUUGUUUUGAAGUGACCCUUGGAAAACUGUCACAAUUGGCAACUAUAACAAAAGAGAACCUAUUUCGGACACGUAACCGAUUUCUUGAUUUAACAUACUUGGCCAGCACUUAUAGUAUGAUCAUUGAUGAUUUGUGUUCAUACCAAUGAAGUCUGAUGUAUUUUAAGAGUCUGUAAUGACUUGAUAUUUGGGGAUAAUGGUUUACGAAGGGGUAAGUAGGUAAUUACAAUAUUAGGAGUAACUUGGGGAAUAAGUUUGUUUUAAGUGGUAGUUUUCUUAUAAAUAAGAGGAAUGGGAGGCUCAUUGGUAUGUUGAAGAUUGUUAAACACUUGAUGGAUGGGUUUUACUCAUUUUAGGAGAUCUCUAGCUUCUCGAAUUGCUUUAUAUAUUUCAUUACAUUAUAAUCGUUCUUUAAUCAUCAAUUUGAUAGUAUACUUCAUCUUUUGUCAUUUUAUCAUUUCAAUUUCUAUUUUACUGUUUUCUUGAAAUUAUUAGUUCAUAGCAGAGUCCAGAUUUCAGACCUAUUAGGCAUAGCCUUAAUUUUAAAAUGCAUGGGGCACGCUGAAGCAUAGUGCAAAAUAUUAACCCCAUCCUCAUUGCGACUGCAUCAAAAAGGUUUUGACCGUUCGACAACUGUAAUAUAGGCUUAGACAACUGCAAAAACCAUUUACUAUGAAAGCCGUUUUGGUUACUUUGACCGAAAACAAAUUUACAAAAUAAUUUAAAUUAUAUAUUUUUAUUUUUGAUUUGGUGGCAAUUUUAUUUUUUUGAGUUAUCAAAUCAAAAUUAAAUGUUUAUAAUCAAAAUAUUCUAAUGUUCCAACCACAUACUCGUACAACCU